AUGCGACCGCUGCAUCCUCCGCGGGUUUGCCACUGCUGCAUACGCUAUAGCGUCUGCGUUUCUUGUCCAAUUAGUCGUCGAUGGAUUGCGCUGCCGAAAGCAUUCGCAGUGACAGCGUUUGUUCUUUUGUUAUGCGCAAAAACGAUUAACGCUAAGGACGUCGUCACAACACGUACGAAAGAUACUAGCAAUAUCAUGUCGGUAGGGGUUACGACAGAUGGAACAAGCGAAGAUGUCGAUAUUACAUGCAAGAAACCCAAUAAGUGCAAUAAAACCUACCAGGAGCCCGAAGUUGAGAGUUUACUAGCAGACUUUGACCGCGACGGACGCGUGGAAUAUCGCGAGAUCCAGCAGAUAAAAGACAAACUGCACCACUUGCUUGAUACCGACGAUAGUGGCGGCUUAGACUUAUCGGAACUCAAGAUUAGGGCACAGACUGAUCACGACGUAGAUGCAGCACUUAAGAAAUUGGACAGUGAUCACGACACCGUCAUCUCAUGGAAAGAGCUGGAUGAACGAUGGGAGAGUGUAGGUGCUGAAAUGACUGUGGCCGAGGUGGCCGACUGGGUGGCUUAUGCUGUGCAAUUGCCCCAGUACAGUGACGUAUUUCGAGCCAAUUCAAUCUCUGGCUAUACAUUUCCCUUGCUUAUGGCAAAUGAUGGCGCGAGAUUACAGGAAGUUGGUGUUUAUAGUGAGUUGCAUCGCCGUCAACUGGCGAUGUUCCUACAAAUGAAAUAUCUUGGUAUGGGACGCAAACCUGAAGCCGCUUUAUCAAGUAUUUGUACUGCGGAAGGCUCGACGGCGCAGGAUAAAAAGCUACUACAAAUUGCGUGGGUGCCAGCUGAAGAGACGCCACAACGUUACCAACUCCAACGUCGAAGUCCUGGUGAGUCGACCUGGAUUACAGUGUAUACAGGAGCGGACACGGAGUUUCUCGACGUCGUGGAACCUCGUGAACACGUAAUCUACCGUCUCACGACCUGGAAUUCAUAUGGACGAAGUCCUCGCACUUAUGUGCGUUGUGAAGACGCUCUGGGUAGUGCUGCAACAUCAUCAUUAGCACAAACUUUGCCGUCAAUGUCCAGCUCAGGAACGUCACGGUCUUCAUAUUCGCAGUCGUCUCAGAGUGGCAGUAACAUGAAUUCAGAUGCAGAUUCUUCCAAUGAUAACGACGAGCACGAGGGUCAAAGCGUAUGGGGUCUGCUGAAGAUGUACUUUUGGUGGCUAGAUGACGCAAUCGUCCUUCUUGUCAUGGUAAUGUUGCCAAUUCGCGGUAUUAUAUAUGGAGAUGCUGACUCGCUGCUUCGCCUUUUACGCCGAUUGCCACCGAACAUGCCUUCGCGCGUGACAGUGGAAGUUGAGCCAAGCAAGACAACUGUAGAAAAUGCUGCUGCUCGUGUAUCAUGGGAGAAACCAGUGGACAAUGGGGUUCCAAUUGUAUGCUAUACCGUACGCUGGACGCGAACAAAGACAGAAGAAGAGAAAUGGAUCAAGUUGUUAGCUGUACCAUUACCAACUACAGUCAUUGUAGACAAAUUGCAUCACGGCGAGACGUACAAGUUUGUUGUUCAGGCUACAAACAAAUUUGGUCUUGUCACAAGUUCAAGUCGAUCUACAUACAUGGUUCCAGUUCCAGAGCUUAAGGGAAAACUCCGACCGCGACAUCCUCCAGCCAAAACACGUGCAUUACGCAAUCAGUGCUACAUUUGUCACGACCCGAAAUGCAAGAAGAAGGUGCCGUUCAGUGCUACUUUGGAUCGACGUAUUUUGCACUACUGCUGCCUAUGUGACCGCGAGUUCUGUCAUUAUCACAAGGGUGAAGUAUUUCAUACGAAAGCGCUAAGCUGUCCAAUCGUGGAUGGUCGUUGCAUCUGCAGAACAUGUAAGGAAAAUCGUCUCCGCCGCACUGUCACCUACUAA